CAGAGUUCAAAUCACUGGACCUGGCCCAGUAAGAGUUCGAAUCUCUCUCAAUAUUAAGGCACGCAUAGGCACCACCGGCCACCGUUCAGACACCCACCGGCCACCGUCACUGGCCUCCCUGUGUUUUUCCUCGAAACCGGCGCUGCUCUGCUUCUGCUGGACUGCUUCUCAGAACCGGCUGCUCUGCUUCCGCGCUGCACAGCUUCUCUGCGCCGCAUUGCUCGCCGGAGAACCUUAGUCACGACGCCACCAACAGCGGCCGCGAAGUGUGAAGGUCACUGCUCUGCUCCUGCUCCUCUUCUCCUCGGCGCUGCUCCGCCUCUUCUUCCCCUGCUCCUUUUCUUCUCGGCGCUGGUGCUCUUUUGGUGAGGAAGGUCACAAGCCCCUGCUCAGCCGCUCUUCUUCUUCUCGGCGUUGGUUCUGCAUGGGAGAAUGAAGUUAGAGACAGAAAGUCUCAAAGAUGGUAAAUGCAAUGAUGGAAAAGAAAAAGAGAAGGUUCACUUUCUGUGCUGUUAAAGUGAUUCUGCUGGUCUUUUCUGUUCAAGGUCUUGAUUGGAAAAGUUGAACAGAAAAUAAACCUACUGCUUCUUCAGUGUUGAUGUGGCCAAAGACAUACAAUUCUGUUGUAGAGGAUUGUGUCUCAUCUUAAUUCAAUUAGCUGGUGCUGUAGUAACUCCAAAGAUCUUAAGUGAAACUUUUUGGUGGUUUACUUACGUGUACAGUUUCUCCAUGAAGACUUGGAGGCAAUUUAUUGGACUGUGUAUAUAUUUGUUGGUGUGGAGUUCAUUUAUAUCAUCUCCUAUUGUGGAUUCUGCAAAUUCAAACUUCAACAGUGGAAAUGACAGAACCUUUCAUCCCAUCAAGAAAUUUGUGAUGCAAUCUUAUUUUGACAGGCACAUAGAAUUACAUGAUUCAGUUUUUGAUAAUUUUAUAUCUCAAGAAGACAAUGCUGGUUUGUGUCAAGUGCUUCCAGAAAACCAUGAUUUUGUGCCAAGAUUGUCAGUUCUGAAGCGAGAGCUUAUUGGCGAAGGUUCUCAUCGUCAUGUGUCUACAUUACUAAAAUUUCAAGCCCGGCAAUCAGAGUCUUCGUCCCAACUUCUAAGCUCCUCGUGUGACUUCAUAAUUAUUGAAAGACUACCUACCGGUGUUUUUGCUGAUCCAUUUGAACUACAGCGACUUGUUCAGCGUGGUGUCUUCAAUGAUGUUGAUGUCUUUGGUGAUACAAAUCUGGAACUUCCUUCCUUCUUGUCUAAUCGUUCUGCCGUUGAAAUACAUUCGGUUGUUGACCCAAAUAAAUUUCUAGAGCCAACUGAUAUGAAGAUUGAGCUUCCAUUGCAUGCGCGAUAUCAACCUCUAAAUGAAAGUGGCUACUCCACAGUUGAACUUGGUAUGCCUGAUAUUCUGGUGCGCUGCAGCACAAAUGAAAGGUCAGAAAAUCAAAAUUAUUUCUUCAAAUUGACCAACAAUGAUGCUGAUGUUAUAUAUGAAGCUGAUGUUCUUUGGAGAAUUCCUUCUGGGAAAAAGGCACAUUCUAACCUAGUUUUUGUCAUUACAUUUAGUGCAGCAUUGUUAUCAACUCUUGUAAUUGUUCUCUCGUCAUUAGAAUAUUCUAAGAGCAGAGUGAGAAAAGAUUCCAAGCAAUCUUAGAAGUUCAGAAGUUCUUCCGCCAAGAAUUCUGGGUAUUGACUAUAAUGUGUCUUGUUCCUUCUUUUAUGGGUAUUGACAAAGUUUAGGUGGCUUUAGUAUUUGUCAGUCUACCAAUGUCAGAGUAUAUGUCUGUGCUUAUGAAAAGAGUGUUCAUAGCAAUAGAAAGGACUCUAAUCCACAUUCUUUUGAGAUAUGUUCAGAACAUUGGCUUCUUUGCUGACUCUCGUUGACAGUAUAUCUCGUCUAUAAUAACCUCCCAGGCACAAUGGCUAGGAUGGAUUUCUAUGUCUCUUCAUCCGUGUUAAUUCUUUGGGAAUUCUUCGGCGAAGAGUGAAGAUUCUAACUAAAUUUGUAGACGAUUUUUUUCUAUUAUGAGUAAUCUUCACUCUUCA